AUGUCUGAAUCAGCUGGAAAUGCUAUCAAAGCAGUUGGGGAUGCUUUUAAAUCGGACGGAGCGAUAGGAAGUAACUUUAACGCUGAUGGUGCUAUUGGUGGUACUGCCCAAGCUGUUGGCGGACCAUUUGAUAAAGAUGGUGCUGUUGGUAAACAAUUUGACCUGGAUAUAUUCACGUUUCUCGUACAAUCUUGCAACCUCCGGGUUUUGGUGAUGGCAGUGACGGUUAUGGUGAUGACGGUGGUACUGAUGGAAAUACGUUGGUGGAAAGCUUUAUCUCAUUUUGAUGAUUGUGUCGAGAAAAAAGAAUUAAUAAUCAGAUUCACUGAUAAAGGCGCUGUAGGUGGUACAGCCGAAGGUAUGGGCCAAGAAGCUAGUCGAGUUGGUGAAGAGGUCAAGAAGUAA